UCGACACACAAGUUGAUCGUGGAGGUGGCAAGUGCUCAAGAUUUGUUUCCUAAGUAUGGGAAAGGUUCUGUGAGUGCCUAUGUCAAGCUUAAAUUUGGUGGUCAGCGUUUUUGCACGACCGUCAAGCUGAAGGAUCUAAACCCAGUGUGGAACGAACGCUUCUGCUUUCACUUGUCUGAUCCGUCGCAUCUUCCCGAGCUUUCUCUUGAAGCAUGUGUCUACUUUUUUUCGAAAAGAAGGAAAACCCUCAGUGAAGCAUGUGUCUGCUAUGUCAACAAACCUGUUGAAGGCUCCAGGUCCUUGCUUGGCAAGGUUAGAAUUGCUGGGACCUCAUUCGUGCCCUUCUCAGAUGCUGUUGUUAUGCCUUAUCCACUGAAUAAGCACCAGAUGUUCUCGCGUGUCAAAGGGACAUUGGCUCUGAAAGUAUAUACCACUGAUGACCCACACAUUGCAGCUUCAAACACGCUUGGGAUGAUCAAUAGUUCUAAUAAUAUGGAAAGCAUAUUACAGGAUCAGAGUUCAAGACCACAUAGUAUACCACUGCAACAUUUGAAAGAAGUCACAAAUAACUUCUCUGAAGAUCGAAUACUUGGACAUGGUGGUAUUGGUGUGGUAUAUAAGGGGGUGCUGCAUAAUGGGGAAAUGAUUGCUGUGAAGAAGAUUGUAUCGUCAUUAAUGCCAGGCCCACAGAAGCAAUUUGAGAAUGAAGUUUAUCAUCUUAUGAUCGUUAGGAACCCCAAUAUAGUGCGAUGUGUAGGCUACUGCUAUGAAAUAAAGAAUGCGUGUUUGGAGUACAAUGGAAAAUAUAUUUUUGCAGAGAUGGCGGAAAGGUUGCUUUGCUUGGAGUAUCUACCCAAAGGAAGCCUCGACAAGUAUCUAUCAGAUGAAUCUUCUGGACUUGAAUGGAGCACACGUUACAAAAUAAUCAUGGGGAUUUGCAAUGGUUUGCGUCACCUUCAUUUGCAAAAUGAUAAACCAAUUGUACACUUGGACCUAAAACCUGCCAACAUAAUGCUCGAUGAUAGUAUGGAGCCAAAAAUUAUAGACUUCGGUCUAUCAAGACUGCUUGACAAAGAACAAACUAUUUGCACUUCAUCUCGUGAUGGAACAUUUGGUUACAUGGCACCAGAAUUCCUACACAGCGGUACAAUUACACGAAAGUCAGACAUAUUUAGUUUGGGUGUAAUAAUCUUCGAGAUAAUAACGGGACGGAGGGAUUACGUGGAUGUUACUCCAAAUUCUUCAUAUGAAUUUAUUGAGGAUACACUUAAGAAAUGGAGAAAUACACUAGAGAGAGCACCCGGAUAUAGGUCCUUAGAAAUAGAAUGCCAACAGAUAAAAAGAUGCAUUCAGGUAGCUCUAAUCUGCAUGAACUUUGAGCGUGCAGAAAGGCCUCGAAUAAUGAAAAUUAUCAAUAUGCUUCAAGGUCUGGAAAGUAUUGACUUUGACGUUACAAAUGUGGAGACAUCAUCUAGACUUUUUGGAAGUACGGGUUAG